AUGUCUUCAAACACGGGCCAAUCGGCCCAACCACCACCCGCCCAAAACCCACCCUACCCCCCAGCGGGGGCCACCCUCGGCGGCAUCCCCACGCCCCUCCCCGACAUCCCCAUCUCGGCCGUCCUGCUCGCGCUGUUCGCCCUCUCGGCCGGCACGCACCUGGCCCUCUUCCUGCGUAACAAGCGGCGGGGCGCCGCGCACCGCUUCUUCUUCUCCUUCCUGCUCUUCGUCUUCAGCUGCCUGCGCGUCGUCGCCCUCGCCCUGCGCAUCGCCUGGUCCCGCGCUCCGCGCAACGCGAGUCUGGCGCUGGCGGCCGCCGUGUUUACGGCGGCUGGGGUGAUGGUGGUGUUUAUUGUCAAUUUGGUGUUGGCGAGGAGGGUGGUCAGGGGGUUGCAUCCUGCUGUCGGGUGGCAUGGGGCGGUGACGCAGGGGGUGAAGGUGUUGUUGGGGAGCGUGGUGGCGAUGCUGAUUAUGGUGGUUGUGUGCUCGGUGCAUUCGAUGUUUACGCUGGAUAUGGUGGCGCGCGGGAGGGAGAGGGAUGUGGUGAGGUUUGCGGGGGUGUAUAUCACGGUGAUUGCCUUCUUGCCGGCUGUGGCCGUGUCGGUGGCGUGGUUGGUGCCGAACCGGUCGGUGCAUCGGCCGGAGGGGUUUGGGAAGGGCGGGCUGGGUGCGAAGGUGUUGCUGUUGCUGGGCGCGUCGUUGGUGUUGACGUUGGGGGCGGGGUUCAGGGCUGGCGUGAACUUCGCGGUGAGGCCGGCGGGGCAGGAGCAGUGGUAUCACUCGAAGCCGGCGUUUUAUUGCUUCAACUUCGUGGUGGAGCUUCUGGUGGCGUAUUCGUACGCCAUCUUCCGGUUUGAUCGCAUGUUUCAUGUUCCCGAGGGCAGCUCGGCGCCGGGCCAUUACUCCGGGGGAGGGCCCGGCGAGGGAGCGGAGGAACCAGGGUUUAGGUUAGAUGCUUCUGGGGAAAGCGCUGGGGAUAGCAACAUCACGCUGUACUCGAGGAAUAAACCCUCGGGCGGCCGUGAGGGGGAUUCGGCGGCGUAA